UCCUCAUUGUUCUCAUCAUCAUCACCAGCUUCUACUACUUCUAGCCUUGCUCUUCUGAUCAGAUUUCCUUCCAAGAAUCAAACAUCCGCCCAUUGCACCAUUAAACAACAAUUCGACUAUCGUUUCUUCUGAGAUUUCAACAACCUGCAUUGUCAAUAUUCUGGUCUCUAUUCCUCUGGGUUGCUGCUGCUGUUGUUGUUGUUGGCGUCAGAAGCAUGGAGAAGGUGAUGAAGUUGGUGUCACAGAAGCCGGUGGUGAUCUUCAGUAAGAGCUCUUGCUGCAUGUGUCACACCAUCAAGACUCUAUUCUGUGACCUGGGGGUCAAUCCUGCUGUGUACGAGCUCGACGAGGACCCUCAGGGGAAGGAGAUAGAGAAAGCUCUCUUGAGGCUGCUGGGAUGUAACCCAGCCGUUCCAGCGGUUUUCGUUGGCGGUAAUCUAGUUGGUGGAGCUAACGAGGUCAUGACUCGCCAACUCAAUGGUUCCCUCAAAACCCAGCUCAAGUGUGCCGGAGCCAUCUGGCUUUAGGCUUUAGCACAGCUCUAUGUAGAAUUUUUGAGAAGCAACUCUAGUCUCUAGCUUUAAGAAUUAUCUGUUGCUUUUUGGCUAUUGAACUUAAUUUUCUGCUGUAUAAGAGCUUUUGUUAGUACUGCUACCUAGUUAGUUAUAGAUAGUAGGGGGCCGUUUGUCAACGGCUGAAGUUACUACAAAAAGACUUGUUGCUUUGUGUUUUAGUUGUAACUUGUAAAAAUAAUUAAACACAAUAAAAUUUUUAGCAUAAAAUACAGAUUAUACUACCCUGCAUCCUGUAUGUUGGGG